UCUUGAUUCCACUCAGCGAUCAUUCUUUUGAGUCAUUGAUAAUAUACCAUCGACUUCUUCGUUUCGGCACCAUAGUCGUACAAGUGAUACCUCAAACUAUCGUGCUCAGCGCGCCUCUUCCAUUCAAGCAGCUACUAUUCUCAUAUUCUGAGACAAUCGUAAAGGCCGGAAUAAUCGUUGAACAUGUCAGGUGGACGUAGUGUGGCUCGCGUCUACGCCAACGUGAAUGAGAAGCUUGGAAGGUCGUGGUGGGACUAUGACAAUCUUGUGGUUCAAUGGGGAGUCCAAGAUAAUUACGAGAUUGUAAGAAAGGUUGGGCGAGGAAAGUAUUCCGAAGUCUUUGAAUCCAUCCAUCUCCCAACCGACUCCAAGUGUAUUGUCAAAGUCUUAAAGCCCGUUAAGAAGAAGAAAAUUAAGCGAGAAAUAAAAAUAUUGCAGAAUUUGGCUGGUGGACCCAAUGUGGUGGGACUGUUGGACGUUGUUAGAGACAGUCAGUCAAAGACGCCCUCCAUUGUUACGGAAUAUGUGAACAACACCGAAUUCAAGACACUUUAUCCCAAAUUUUCAGAUUUCGAUGUGCGAUACUACAUCUUUGAGCUUCUCAAAGCCUUGGAUUUCUGUCAUUCCAAGGGCAUCAUGCACCGCGACGUCAAGCCGCAUAACGUUAUGAUCGAUCACGAGAAGCGGACGUUGCGGCUGAUUGAUUGGGGACUUGCUGAGUUUUACCAUCCUGGCACGGAAUACAACGUGCGUGUGGCUUCAAGAUAUUUCAAAGGACCAGAGUUAUUGGUCGAUUUUCAAGAAUACGAUUACAGUUUGGAUAUGUGGAGCUUAGGGUGCAUGUUCGCUAGCAUGAUUUUCCGAAAAGAACCGUUCUUUCACGGUCAUGACAACGCUGAUCAGCUAGUCAAAAUUGCUAAAGUCCUCGGCACCGAUGAACUUUACACUUAUCUUGAGCGAUACGACAUUGAUCUUGAUGCUCAGUUUGACGAUAUAUUAGGGCGAUAUCCUCGAAAACCCUGGUCCCGAUUUGUCUCUUCGGAAAACCAGCGUUAUAUCUCUAGCGAGGCUAUAGAUUUUCUGGAUAAGCUAUUAAGGUACGACCAUCAGGAAAGAUUAACCGCCGAGGAGGCCAAGGGGCACCCCUACUUUGAGCCCGUGCGACAAGCGGCCGCUCAAGCUUCCGCUUCUUAAUCAUGAGCGAAGGGUUCUGGUACUUUCAUUGAUCGGAGUUGGGUCAGGAUCUGAGCUAUGGGCUACGCGGAACAUGCAGCAUAGCGUUCUUAAUGGACAGCAUAUUGCGGACAUAUAUGAUGUUGCAGUGGGAUGUGCUUGGUAGAACAAGCCAGAUGAUUCUUUCAUUAAACAGGCCGUGAAACUGAUGAUUCAUUGCUCCUUAUGUCAUGUAGAUGAUCGUUGGGCCGAUUGGUUGUCUACAAUAACCCCUGUUACCCAGCCAUUCCAAUUUGAACUAGUACGUUUUGGUAUAUUCCCUCGACAAGGAGAGAGCGCCUGUAUUCUUUACUUGCCGUGAAUUUAGAUGAUGCGGUUCUGCGAUGCCGCCCAUGUUGGCUGAUAGUCGGCGAUCGCAACGGCGUAACAUCGGGCUAUAGAAUGACCGCCAUAAAAUGGAGAUUUUUUUUUUGAAAAUCUCAUUGGAAGCUGUGCCGCCAGAAGCCACAAGGCACAGUCUGUAAGCUCAGCAAUCAGCAUUCUCAGGAUGCAGGAACCCUUUUGCAUAAUCUUGAUAAAGUCUGAGAUUUGGAUUUGGGCAAACUCCCAGUUUGCAAGCAGUAGCGAAGCUUGAUUCGCAGUUUUCAGCCCCAUUAUUAUGCAGAUGAAAAAAUGGGAUUGUGCAAG